GGGUCAUGCGCGCUGUGCCGAGGGCGGCGUUUGUGUGCGUGCUGGCGCUCGCGGCGGCGCCCUCGGCGGCGUCGCUCGCCGGCACGCAGGCUGCGGGCGCGAGGAACGGCAGCCAGUGGGGCCUCGGCUGGCUCUGGGGCGCGCUGGGCAUGGACGGCGCGAAGGAGUACGCCGAGGCAGAGGGCGCCGCCGCCGAGCUCGACGCGCUGCCCGUGGCCGCGGACGCCAAAGCCGACUCGCCGGCCUCCAGCGGCGGCCUGGUGGAGAAGGCCGGCGUGGUCACCGUGACGCUGGACUCGAACCUGCAGACCUCCAGGAAGGACAUGAAUGUCAGCGCCCGGCACCUCAUCAGGCACAAUUGCGCCCAGUGCGAUCCACCUACCGCCUGCGAAGACGUCGUGACGGUGUCGGAGUCCUACAUGAGCGGCAGGGCGGGCCAGGCGAGCGUGCAAGAUGGCCUCUGCACCCAGCCUGCAGCGCAGAGUGCGUUGCAGGCCCAGGGCCCCGUCGGCAAGGUGCCGACGGCGCUGAGGGAGAACCUGCAGGGAUGA